AUCCAGACUUAUGGCCAAGGUUUACGCGAAGGUAAUUUAGGUGAUCCUGUCCAAUUUACAGUCAACACGAUCGAAGCUGGUCCUGGUAAAUUAAAAGUCCAGGUAGUUGGGCCACAGACCGAUGCUGAUUAUGAGAUUGUCGAUCAAAAGGAUGGUAGCUAUCUCAUUCAAUAUUUUCCCAACGAAACUGGUAAACAUAAAGUAUUUGUUUCCUAUAACGAUCAGCCCAUUCAAGGUAGUCCAUUUACAUCUCGUAUUACG